GCCCCUCACAAUUUCUGUGUAUGGCCCUGGUUAUUUUACUUGAUGCAGUUCGAGGCAGACUAACUAACUAACUUCUAGUUUAUCAACUAUUUCCCUUGAAACAAUAGCCCUCUCUUGGGCAACGAUGAGCAGUUUUAUCAGAUCGGGUUUGCUGCAGCUUCUUCUGCUUGGUUUCUUUGUUGUUAUGGCCUUCUUCGGAUUCUUCCAGAGCUGUACGGUAGAGCACAAGCGCUCCCUCAUCAGAAGGUGGUCUCCACCCACCGGCCUAUUCAUCCCCCCUUCUACCUGCUUCUGCAUAAAUGACUCGUAUAUUCUGGACAACAGCAUUCCUAGUGACCAGCUGGCAGAGAUUCUGGAACGACGGGGCAAGGAGUACAAGAAACACCAGGCCAGAACAAGCUCCAUUUUGAACGCACUCCUCUUUGCUCCAUCCAACUCUCCACUGCAGUAUCCCAUUCAGGGUUUCACAGUUCGUCCCAUGGUCCCCACUCUCAUUCCAGGUUUAGCGCUGCACACACAGAAAAGAAGCAGCUACAAGGUUUUACUAAAUGUCACCAGAGGUAUCCUCAGUCUAGGGACCCCAAGAGAUGAAGAUGUUGUCAAUGGUAGCAGGAAGAAUUUGAUCAUCUUGGAGACGGAUAGCUUAGCGGAAAUGAACAAACUUCUGGCGAAGGUCACCUAUACCAGCACUGUGUACCACAUACACACCGGAGACCUGGUUCACUUCAUGUGUGAGGUUCACCAAGCUGUGUUCCCCAUCGUCAUUCGUCAACCAACCCUACCUGUGCUCUUCGACAUUGGAACAGCCAUCAGUGACCAAGUGACUGUCACCACUAAGACCUUCAUGCGCUACAAGGAGUUGAAGCUCCUCAUAAGAAGCUUAAGACAGCACUACAAAGACAUGACACUCAUUGUGGCUGACGACACCCAUGAGCCGGAAAAAAUCAUUGAAGAAAAUGUUCUGCAUUACAUUAUGCCCGGGGGACAGGGCUGGUUUGCUGGCAGAACCCUGGCUGUCUCUCAAGUCACCACCAAGUACUUUCUAUGGGUGGAUGAUGACUUUCUAUUCACUGAGAAAACAAAGAUAGAGGAUCUGGUGGAGGUGAUGGAGGCAACACCAGUGUUGGAUGUGGUUGGGGGUUCAGUGGAUGGAAAUCAGUUCUACUUCUCCAUCAACUAUGAUGAGGGAGAUGGAGUCACUGGAGGCUGUCUAGAGAAGAAAAGCAACAGAAGAUUCCACUCAGUACCUAAUUUUCCACAAUGCCACCUCGUCAGUGGGGUGGUCAACUUCUUCCUGGCUCGUACCGAUGCUGUGAAUCGAGUGAGAUUUGACCCCAAGCUGAAGAGAGUGGGACAUCCAGAAUUCUUCAUGGAUGGACUUGGUCAAUUGAUGGUUGCAACAUGUAGUCAUGUUUCCAUCAGCCAUCAGCCUAGAAUGAUGAAACCUGAGUACAAGAUAUUCAGACACCCCACAUCGGAGGAACAGGAUUCAAAAAAACGGCUGUACCACUACAAAAACUACCUCAAAUGUAUCCGCUUUGGAUAGGACAACAACUCUUUCAAUGACAAAUUCACAUAAGGAAAAUAUUUGGCGGCAAAUCCAGACAUAUUCAAUAAAAGAAAGUCAACCUCUAGCUUCAGGUAAACUUUAUGUCACACUCAAAGGAAUACGCAGACAGUGUUGUGCCUGAACGCGUUCAUUGAAUGAUAGUUCAUGAACUCGUUCAUAUUUUGGGGCGAACGUGAACUGAACGUACUGUAUUACUGCCUGAUGAACAUUACUGUGAACUCGUUCAUUUUGGUGUCUGGGAACGGCACACUCACUCGGUUUAACUUCGUUCAAUAGGGGGGUUAUUUGUUCAUCAACACGGCGGAUGGGCCGUGUUGCCAUGUUUAUCUCUGUGUUGCCAUGGUUAUCUCUGUGUGGUUAAUUUGCAGUUUCGGUUUUGUCAGCUUACUGUUACAUUAAACUGUAAUCAGAAAACGCGGUUAUAUGCUUUAGACCAGGGGUCUCAAACUCGCGGGCCAAUUGCGGCCCGCUGGACGAUAUUUUGUGACCCCCUACUCAAAGUUUAGUCACUUUUCUUUCUUAUUUUUUUGCUGAGUCGCUGCGCUUGCCCGGGGGCCUCAUUUAAAAAGCUUGCUGCGCACAAAAACCUUGGAUAAGACGGAGGUGAAAUGUACGUAGGCCAAUGGUAUGGCUUCUCCCAAGUCUGUGUGCGCUGGAGAAACGCCCUUUCUGUCUGUAUCUCUGUGUGUAACACCAUGCACCUGAACGGGUUCUCUCCUGUGUGAUUCCUCUGAUGUAUUUCAAGCUUACUGAAGCAUCUGAAACUAACCGCUUAGCAACCGAGUUCCUCAAAUUGUGGAGCUUCAUAUCUCUGAGCAUGAAAUGUGCGUCAGUUUUUCUCACUGCAAACGUUGGUAGGCUAUUUAUAGAAAAUGUCUAUGUUUUGACAUGUUUGAUUACAUUUUAUAACUGCAUGGGCCUGGAUACGUCGGUAGGUGUGUGUGUGUGUGUGUGUGUGUGUGUGUGUGUGUGUGUGUGUGUUUCCAGUGGGAGAGGAAAUAUCGACGUGUGAAAGAGUGUUUUGUAUCAAGUUUAGGCCGACACAUAUUAAUUGAAAUUUAUAUGUCAUGAGAUAAAAUCAUGUAAUACAUUUA